ACAAAAACUUACAAACAUUAUAAUUAAUAACAUAGUCAUUAUUUUUUCAUCAUCUUUUUUCUUUGUCUAAUUCAUUCAUUUUUAUUUCUAGAAAUAUCAUAUAUUCAUAUAUCAAAAAAUAUUAUUUAUACGUGUGUUUUUGUUUCUACGUUGAUCAAUGGCUUGUUUCAAAAACAGAAUGGGCGUGAUUUUGCGGGAAAAACAGCAGAAGAAGGAGAAGAAAAUGGAAGAAGGUAGAGAUGGUGUAAGGAGAGAGGAAGAUGAUGUCUUAAAUCCUCCUAAUAAUUUUUCAAUGGUGGAAGAAGGAUUAUAUAGAUCUGGGUUUCCAGAACCUUCCAAUUUUGAGUUCUUGGAAACCCUAAAUCUCAAGUCUAUCAUAUAUUUAUGCACUGAGCAAUACCCAGAAGAACACAAGAAGUUUCUUGAUUCUCAUAAUAUAAAAUUGUUUCAAUUUGGAAUUGAAGGGACAAAGGAGACGAUCCCUGGGGAUGUCAUCUCUAAGGCUCUUAGGAUUUUGAUAGAUGUGAGAAAUUACCCGAUUCUGAUUCACUGCAAACGUGGAAAGCAUCGCACAGGUUGCCUCGUGGGCUGUUUUAGGAAACUACAGAAUUGGUGCUUGUCCUCGGUUUUUGAGGAAUACCAGCGCUUUGCAGGCGCCAAAGCAAGAAUAAACGACAUGAAGUUCAUGGAGAGGUAUGACGGAUUGCACAUUCGACAAUCCCUUUACAGUAUCAUCUACCAAUACCAAGGCUAUGGUUCAAAUAAGAGGCGUUUGCUCGACAGAGGAGAACAACUUACCCAAAACCCGCAUCAGAACAAGCUAGUCUCUUUGAGGUGAUUUCCGGCAGAUGAUUCGCUUGCCAAAACUUUCAACCUAAUGCUUUUCCUCCAUUCUUUUAUACUCUAAAUGGGAAAGUUCUGUUUUAGCUGUUCUUUUGCUAAUAAUGAAUCUUCAAGACAUUUUAGGACUAGUGUGGUGUGGAUAUAUAUCAUUUUUUUUCCUUAUUUUUUCCUUCACUUCUCUAUUUUAUUUUGAUUUAUCUACACUCAUAGGACUAAUUUGAGGGAAAUAAAGAAAACCCUGUAUCAUUUUGAAAGAAAAAUAUUGCAAUAUACAUAUUUUUUUUAGCAAAGAAAA